CCCUCAAGGACUGAGGGAUUUGGACUGACUGCCCUAGAGGCCAUGUCUGGUGGCCUGCCAAUACUUGUCAGUGGCAACUCUGGAUUUGGGGAAGCACUCAAGCAAGUGCCAUUUGGCAACCAAUUUGUUGUGGAUUCAGAAGAUCCUGAUAAGUGGGCUGAGGCAAUCAAGGCUGUUCGAAAGAAGGAGAGGAAGUUGCGACUGGAGGAGGCCAAACACCUUCAAAAAAUGUAUGCCAGCAAGUUCAGCUGGAAGGAACAGUGUGAUUCACUUUAUGAAGCAAUGUGCACUAUCAUGUCAAGGUCCACUACUGAUUUAAAUUCUACCAUAACCCCAAAGUGUCAGUCAUCCAUGGUAAACCCUAAACAGGCUGAUCAAAGCGCUGAACAUUUGGCUAGCAAUCCUGGAGAUCCAUCAGAGAAGCUGGCUUCUAGAAAGCGUAAAAGGUCUAUUUCUCCUCUUGAUGUUCAAGCUCCUAAGCAUUGUAGAUCAGCAGUAGAUGGCCAACAAGCUGUAGAUCACUUUACCUUGGUGAUCAAAAGACUCCAAUCUGAAUACAAAAGGAGGUCUCUGGUUAAACCAUUACCUUGGAACAAUACCCUUCAACUGCAACUUGAUGACAUCUACACCAGAUUUAAAUUUCUCUCUCGAAGGAAACGUGACUUCACAUUGGAAAAUAAUGCCAUUGACAAAGAUGUCAUUUUUGAAUUAGACAAAGGCGAAGAUAGCAUGGUUUUAGUUGAGGGAAGUCCAGGAAUAGGGAAGACAACAUUUUGUCUUAAAGUUGCAAAUGAUUGGGCCAGAAAAAGAUUUGCAGAGAACAGUCAAGGGAAUUUCUCCUUUGAGUUAGUUCUUCUUUUAAAGUGCCGGGAUUUUGAAGGAGAUGUCAUGGAAGCGAUCUGUAAUCAACUUCUUCCUGAAGAUUGUGAUGAAAAAAUUAGGAGUAAUCUUGUUGAUUUCCUAAAAGACCUCCACAACCAGGAAAAAGUUUUGAUAAUUUUGGAUGGUUUGGAUGAGUUGCCCACCAGGUCUAAAUGUCAUUUAGAUAAAUUAUUGAACAGGCAGAUUCUCCCAUUUUGUUUUUUGUUGGUGACAUGCCGUCAAGAGAGAGGAAUUUCGGCACGCAAGGAGUUUCAAUUUGAAAUUCAUUUGCAAAUUGAAGGGUUCACAGACAAUUAAAGCUGCUUCUGACUUUGUCAUGAGGUAUUUCGACAACAUUUCUACUACUAAUGGCCAGAAACUUGUUGCAGAAAUCAAGGAAAAUAGUCUCCUUCAGGCACUUCCAAAGAACCCUUUAAAUUUGCUGCUUCUGUGUGUUGUGUUUGAGGACUUUCAAGGAAAACUUCCAUCCUCCCGGACUGAACUUUAUCAGAUUAUAGUGUGUUGUCUCUUAAGAAGAUACUGUGCCAAGAACAAUUUAAUACCUCAUGCUGAUGACAGAAAACUGAGGAAACAGUUUGAAGAGAGCAUGCUUGCUUUGGGAGAGCUAGCGUGGAAUUGUCUUCUCCAAGAUCGCCACAGUUUCUCUGAAGGAGAACUAGCAAGCCUUGAAGAAAGAACUAAUGGUCUAGUUGCCCGUUACCUCGGUCUUGUAUUCAAGGAGGCAAGUUUGAAGAAGAUGAAGCCCAGUGAUGAAUAUUAUUUUCUUCAUAAAACUUUCCAGGAGUUUCUAGCAGCAUCAUAUCUUGCACAUCGUGUACAGAAAGAAGACAUUAACCUCUUCAGUGAUUUUGGCUUGAGGUUCCAUGACAUUGUGACAAAAUACCGGCAGGUGUUUUUGUUUGCAGUUGGGACACUAGAGCAAAAUGAUGUCAUGUUCAGACAAGUUGGCAAAGAACUUGUACAAGUUUAUGGUGAGUGGAACUGGCUUCAGUGCUCAGAAGAAGAAACAACAUUCUUCACUGAAUGUCUUGAGGAAAGUGGAAACUCAGAGGACAUGGCACAUACUUUAUUUUCAUUAAUUCCCCUUCCACAAGAUAUUGUGAUUGGUCACAGCGUUGAUCAUUAUCCAGAAAACAUUGUACCUAUUUUGAAAGUUUGCCAAGCAUUUACACAAUUACAACAACCUCUCAACCUUUUCAUACCUAAUGCAAAUUUUCUUGAGGACUGUGAAAUGAAGGCUAUGACAGAUGUCCUGGAAUCUUGUUGUCACCUUGAAAACCUUUUCUUCUCCGCUCGUGAAAUGACCAAACCACUAGCCGAUGCUUUAUUUGAAGGACUGUCUGCCAGCCCUUCCUUAUUGCUUCUUUCUCUGAAUGUUCCAUACAGCUUGGCUGCUGAUCAAGCUUAUAUUAUUGGCAAGGCAUUGGCUGCAAGCAAGAGUUUGAGAACAGUAUCAAUGAUACUCAGCCAUGACUGCAAUGAGACUUGGGCUAGUGCUCUUGAACAAGGAUUAUCAGCAGGAACACAUCUGAGACGUGUCAUCCUCACCCUCCGUGGAACAAUGAAUCAAACCUCCUUACAGGCUCUGAUAAGCCUGUUUUCCAACAAAUCAUUGACCUUUCUUUCCAUUCUCCUAGAAGGAGAUAUGCAUGAUUCUGUAGCUUAUGCUAUUAAUGAAGGCCUGAAUGCAGAAAAUUCUUUGGAAUCCUUUCAGCUUGUUAUAUUUGGAAAUAUGAGUUACUCUCAGACUGGUGCAAUAUGCCUUGAGAAAGCUUGUUUUCAAAAUCAGUCCUUGAAGUCCUUGGAAGUGUUUGUUCAUGGAGAGGUCCCUGAGAACUGGUCCACUGUUGUUCACAGUUUAAUGUCAUCCAAGCAGCCAACACUGUCUUGUAAUUUGCAACCCAGUGUCUACCACAAGAUAACAGACACACAGAUAAAUCAUCUUGGUGGUCAUAUUUUGCCAAGUGGUAGAUUCUUGUCUGAACAGUCCUUAACUUUGACCCUUUGGGGUAGACUCAGUCAUAGUGGUGCAGAAGCCCUUGGUGAAGUAAUCAGGAGUUCUCUGAUGUCCAGUUUGACUCUAAAUGUCCACAGCAAAUUGGAUGAUGAUGUUGUCCAUUGUCUUGCUGAAUACAAGAAACAUACAAAGACACUAUCCUCUUUCAAAGUAAAUGUUUAUUGUUAUCUCUCUGAAGAGGAAAAGUCUUUUCUUCUGGGUUUAUCAAGUAAUGGGCAAGAACUUCCUUUUGUCUUGAAUUUCCCCCAAAAAAUUCAAGAGGAAUCUGCAUGCCUUUCCAAAGACCUAGUAUGCUCUGACUCCGACCAGUUAGAAUCAAGAUCUGAAACCUGCCACGUUAAUCUUACAUCCAGUUGUACAAGUAAAGACUUUGCACCCUUGAGAAGAUUGCAUGAUGGUUUGCCAAGCACAGUGCCAUUGACAACACUGAGCAUCAGCAUCAAUACUGAUGGUGGCCUCAGUGGAAACUGGGCAACUAUGUUGGCUACUGCUUUAGCUGAGAACACUUCAGUCACAACUUUCAGUCUGACCUUGAACAACUAUGAUGACAUGGGAGGUGGCUGGGGAUGUUGCCUGGGUGAAGCCUUAGCAAGAAACACCUCACUGACCACACUACAGCUCACAUUCAACAACUAUUCUGACAUGAGUGGUGACUGGGCAAAGGGUCUAGCCGAUGGCUUAGUCAAGAACACAUCUGUAAAUACGCACCACCUUACAAUCAAUGACUAUGGUGACACAACUGGAGAAUGGGCAGACACCAUUGGCAAUGCUUAUGCAGAAAACAACAACUUGACUUCCCUUCAUCUGAAAAUCAACAACCAUAGCAUAGACAGUGACAACUGGCUUAAAGAUUUGUGUAUAAGUUUAUCAAGGAGUGAAUCAGUGUUCAAGCUUCAUUUCUAUUUCAGUGACCAAGAUGUGUUUGUGAAGAAUGUAAGUCUAAAAGAAAAUCUUGGCAAGUGGCUGGCAGAAACUAGAUCAAUAACAGCAAUUCAUCUGACGAUAAGCCUGUUUGGAGAACCUUUAGAUUUCUCAAAGGAGGAGCACCCUGAAUCAGAUGUGCAGCAGCAACCAUGAAACUUAGGUUCUCUUCUUUAAGAACCAAACCUUCCCACCUGAGAAGACCUUUGUGAAGAGUUGUUCAAGAUGCUGAUAGACAAUUAAUGAUAAACAUUUAUCUCACUAUUUGGGCACCUUCAGUCAUAAAUAAUGACCUAUACCACACCCUGUGUAUCCACAACUGAAGUCUUACAAUGAAGUUUAAAAAUUUGGCUGCUUUUGAUUUUUGCCCUUCAUCUCCAGCAGAAAAUGUUUAAUGGACAAGUUUGUCACAGAAUUUUACAGUCUAGUAGUAUCUAAUUGCAAAAAAGGAAUGGGGUUUCUGAAAAAUAGGUCUCAUAUUCGGUCAUUUCCAUUCAUUUGGUAAACAGCAGAAAAUCUGCCUAGCCAGAUUGUAACUUCCCUGUAAAACACUAAAAUUGGCUUCUAUAGUUUAGUAGUGUAAAAAAAGGACAAAUAUGGAAUCUGCUUUUUUGUGUAAGUCUAAGGUCCAUUAUUUACAAGUUUUCACGAAUUUUCCAAUACAAUUGCCCAAAAUUGUUAUUGAGUGUAGCCUUUUUUUGUCUUUGGAUAGACAAGUGAAUGCAUUUCUUGUAAACCUGUUGGCAAGUCACACCAUGGUGAUUACUGUUCAAAAUAGCUUGCAGUGUAUGCUUUGACUUAUGUCACCCUAUCUAUCUAAGUUCAUGCCUACAAUUGAUUCAAGGUUGAAGGAAACCAAAAUAACCAUACUGUUUUGCUUUUGUCUGAUAUGUAGAGCAAUUUACAUCUCUUGUCAAGAUAUUUCUUUGGUCUUUUUCCUAUUUUCAAUAAAGGUUGGGGUUAUGUCAA